UAGAAGCAAUGAUUUCUUCAGUAAUUGUUUUGAUUUGUUUAACUACUGGAACACCUGCUGUUGGAAAGAAAAAAGAAAAGUUAAUGUUUAAAUACUUGAUGCUUGUGAUUCAUCAUAAGAAAGAGGCAAGACUUCAUAAAUAUUUUGUUGAUUAUUCCUGCUAG